AUGAGCGGGGGUUUAGCACCUAGCAAAAGCACUGUAUAUGUGUCGAAUUUGCCAUUCUCUCUCACCAACAACGACCUUCACAAGCUUUUUACCAAAUAUGGAAAAGUGGUUAAGGUUACAGUUGUGAAGGAUAAAGACACCCACAAAAGCAAAGGAGUGGCAUUUGUUUUAUUCCUUGACAGAGAGUCGGCACAUAACUGUGCAAGAGCAGUGAACAACAAGCAGUUGUUUGGCAGAACCGUAAAAGCCAGUAUCGCCAUCGACAACGGACGAGCAACUGAGUUUAUCAGAAGGCGUAACUACACAGACAAGAGCAGAUGUUACGAAUGCGGGGAUAUAGGACACAUGAGCUACGCUUGCCCCAAAAAUAUGUUAGGUGAAAGAGAGCCACCAAAGAAGAAGGAAAAGAAAAAGAAAAAACAAGGGCAACAAAUUGAACAUGUUGAAGAAGAACUUGAAAGUGAGGAAGAGGGAGAAGAUCCUGCCUUGGAUAGUCUUAGUCAAGCCAUCGCUUUUCAGCAAGCACGUAUCGAUGAAGAGGAGAAGCAAAGUAAAAAUGGAGUCACGUCUCAAGAUGAAAGCACUCAUCCAUCGACGUCCGCAGACUCCAAGAAACUACGAAUUAAAAAGAGCGCAUAUUUUAGCGAUGAGGAAGAGCUUAGCGACUAA